UUAUAACCCCGGACCCGGUAUGAUCAUCAGUGCUUUUUUGGAGAGACGGCAAGUGCCCAAGACAGAACGGUGAACAGAUCCCAGGUUUGAAGACAGACAGGUAUCCGACAACCGGCCAUCAUUUUCUCACAAGGAAAGGAAAAUGAGGCUUGCAUUUACAGUAUGCUUGGCACAGCUGGCUGUGGAAUUCUGUGUUCUGGGAACUCUGGGAAUGACCUUGGAUAUGCUGAAGAUCAGCAAGGACACACCUCUGUGCUAUCCAUUUGAUGAGAAAAAGGUUCCCCAUACACUCUAUACCGGGAACAGCUCCAUGGGAAGUGUUCCCGUCCUGGAGUACAAGAUCUCAGAGUUAACCAGCUUUGACUCUGAGUUUGAGCUGCGUACGCUGGACCCUGAGGGCAUCAUCUUCCUAGGGGACAUUGGCGCCGUCACCAACUGGUUCCUCCUGGCGGUGCAGAAGGGGCACCUGAGCGUGCAGACCAGCCGCGGCAACGGCAGGGUCGUGGUGAACGCCGGCCCCCUCAUCAGCGAUGGCCAGUGGAAGAAGAUCGUGGUGGCGAAGCGGGAGACGGACGUGUCUGUGAGUGUGAACGGGGACCAGGUCGUGUCUGUGCAGCAGUCCCCGGAGAGCCGCGAUGCUGAGCUCGGAGACGGACUCCUCCGGAUCGCCAUCGGGGCCUCCUUGCCAAACAGCAUUCCAAUUGGGAUCAGAGGGGCUCUGGACGCCUGCAUGCGGAGCUGGGACUGGGUGAAGCAGGACUCCAGUGCGCUGCUCCAGCACUCCCACACCCAGGGGUGCUGGGAGAACAUCGUCCCCGGCUCCUUCUUCCCAGGAAACGGGCAUGUGGGCUUCCUGCCAGAGACGUUUGGGAAUGUGACGGCAGAGGGAGAGGGUAGCACCUGGGUGCUCUCGAUGGAGCUGGCCUUCCGCCCUGUGGAGGACACUGGAGUGCUUUUUGCCGUUGUGGACCCUCACAGAAAUGUCUCCUUCUCCCUGUCCCUGUACCAGCACACAAAGGACCUGGUGCUCCAUCUGAAGGACCAGGUGUUUGGCUCGAGCAGCGCCCCGCCCUCUCUGUGCUCGGGCGAGAGCCAGUUCCUGCAGCUGCAGGUGAGGGCGGGCCAGGUGAUGACGGAGUUGGGGGGGGACAAGGUCACACGGAAGCUGGAGGAGCAGGACUUCCACUUCCUGAGGGCUGUGUGGAGGCAGCCUGGGACCAUGGUGUACCUGGGAGGUCUGCCUGUUAUUUCCACAGAGGGAAGCUCCUCCUUCCACGGCUGCCUGCAGGCGAAGAUCCAGGGUGUGGAUGUGGAUCUGGACCUGGCGCAAGUCAAGAGUGGGGACAUUCGCUCUUACAGCUGCCCCUCUGCCCUGGACAUCCAGGGGAAAUGAGGGACAGUCAGUCCAAGCUUCUGAUACACGGUGCAUGUGCACACUCAUACACACAUUGCACAUACACACACACAAACACGGAUGCUUAACAUUAGCACACGCAAUAUACACAUAACACUCACCCAUGCACAAACAGACUCACACAUAAUGUGCACCACAUAAUGUGUACACAAUAUACACACACACACACACACACAUACAAUGUACCCACAGCCCAGUCCACACAGUACUCUGUUACACACACCCACACACACUUUCAACACAGCACUAUAUCUUGUGGUUUGUUAUAACCUUUAAAUAUUACAAAGUGAAUAAAUUAGGUCUCAGACACAGCAGCGAGCACAUUAGUGCACCACAGGCAUAGAGAGUGUGUGUGGAUUUUUCCAUUUUUUAUAACCCAUAAACGCAGAAAAUAUGUUUUUACAA